AUGCACCCUCUAAACCCUUUCCUCCGUGCCUUCUUCCGAAGCACUGUUCCCGGGCAGUGUAUACCCGUGGAGAACCAUGUCCUACUUGUUCCCACGACGGAAUGCCUAGUCGGCUCGCGCGACCGGGAAUCCAACCUGUUCUAUUCGGAUCUCGUCGCGUCCGAGGAGUUUCUAGGGAGCCAUGUACUGCGGAUCCCAAUCAACCCGGGAUCGAUAAAUGGAAAGGAGGACUCCAACGUGCGUGAUAAUCGUGGGAAGGCGAAGCAGGUGACGACUUUCAAUGGGAGGACCGUGAUCAUCAAAGAGAACUCGGUUUACAGUAACAAAGGCUUCAAAUCCCUUACUCAGGCCCAGCUCCUGUCCGAUGCGCUUUACUACACCUCGUCCUCGUCAAGCGAGUCUCGUCCAUGGCUCAUAUACUACAUUUCGCGGCCAUUGGUCGGUUCUUACGACCCCGCCAGAAUAAUUCCAGCUGCAGUGCCAGGCACGACACCGAUGUUACUCGCGCCAAACGGAAAAAGGGCCGAUCAUCCUACAUCCAAUAAGAAGGGCGCAAGCGGGGAAUCGGUUCCUCCGCCGAAACAAGAGAUCAAAUCCUUUGGGGAGCUACUAGCCAAUUUCCCAAUGAUUGCACGGCAGAUGCAGCCCGGGCUUGAGCGGCUGUUUCGAGAAUUUGGCAAAGAACUUGGAAAGCCGCUCCCUCCUCCACCUUCCCGAUCACCCUCUGCGUCUGGCAGCGAAAGUGAGAUCAAAUUAUCUCGCGCGCAGACCCUAGCAGAUGACAGUUCAUCAAUACGCAGCUGGUCUUCUCGCAAUAGAGGCCGACUGCCGUUCAACUCUGAGGAGUACUUUGAAGAUGAUGAAGAUUUGAUGCGCCGAAGUUUGGAAACCGCAGUGACAGCGGCCAUUGAUCUUUUCCGGCUGGUUGAUAAGCAGCAGUUGUCUUUGCUAGGCGCCACCACCGAUCUCACGGGCCCUUUGGUUGAACGGCUUAUCGAACGUUAUGUCGCCGAGCAAGUUCAUGAGCCCCUUCUCUUUCCCCGUCUCUGUGCUUUCCGGCAGGCAGAGGAUUCAGAGCUGGACUCUAGAAUCCGACACAUGGAAAAUAUUGAUGUGACGCAAGUCGGAAUCUCAGUUGAGGGCGGGCGCGAAGGCAAGAGAGAGCUUAUCCGCCGCCUCGGACGAGGAGUGGACCAAUUUCGAAAAAUGGGCGACGCAAGAAGCCCCCAUGAGAUGCUGAAUACCCUUUUACAAACAGUAAAAGUGAUAUCUUUCCCAGGCAGCUAUGACAGACUGGAUGGGUUAUCAUCCGAGAAAGGAAGAUCUUCUGUCACCAUCAAUGCCGAUGUUCUGGUAUCAUUGCUGUUGGUCGUCGUCAUACGAUCACAAAUUCGACAUCUUCAAGCCCGCUUGCUGUACAUGCAACAUUUCAUCUACAUAGAUGAUGUGGAGAGCGGUGAAAUGGGCUAUGCGUUGAGUACAUUGGAGGCGGUUUUGAUGUACCUUGUGACCGACUCGGCUGGUCUUCGUCGUGCAAGUGCUCGAAACCGUCGCCUGUGGCAAGCGACCAAAGCUGGCAGGAUUUCAGACAUGAAGAGUAUCCUGGAACCUGACGGAGAUCAUGAAUCCAUAGACGAGGCCAUUCCCCAUGAGCCAGAGCGCAAAUCCGUUUUCUUUCAAACUGAAGAGCCGGACGAAUCUCCUUUUGAGACAUCCUCUAUGUACAGCAGCUCGGUGAUCACCAAUGGUGACCCAUUGACGGAGGAUGCACUUUCUCAACCACCGCCGUUAUCCCAUGUUUUUCCUUUCCAGACCUGGGACGGGCAUGCGCCUCUCAAAGACGGAAAUCGUCCGGUCAAGAAGGUCUCGAUGGACGUUCGCAGCUUAUCAGGGUCAUCGGCUGUCUCGUUCCUUUCCAGGACGAAUACAAUUGGGUCCAUGACGAGCAAUAUCGAGGGUGACAGUUCGAUAGAGACCCUAACCAAAACACAGGACCCGGCAGGAGAUUCUAUUCCCAUGAUGGCAGUAGAAAGCCGCCAGACCGAGGCGUUGAAGUAUUUGCUGAGUCUGGAAGAAUACUAUCCCCUGGAGCAUAUUAUUGAAGAUACCAACGCAGAUGGCACAACGCUGCUUAAUGCGGCUGUGCAGCUCGGACAUACAGAGGUUGUCGAGAUACUUCUGGACUUUCUCUUCAGCAAAACAGACGAGAGUGUGGUCGCUAUGUAUAUGACCAAAUCAGAUGUGCAUGGUCGGACCGUUGCCCACUACCUCUUCAGUACGCCUGAUCUGUUGGCUCGACUCGGUGGUCUUCUUCCGUGGCGACAGCGUGACAAACAUGGACAAACACCGUUGUUUGCUCUGUGUCGCUCAUAUGAUCAUCCAGAAUACAAGGCCAUGGUUAAAACAGCCUUGACAGCAGCACAGAGAGCCCAGGGCAAUGGGCAAGCCCUCCAACUUGAUGAUCAUGUCGAUGCUAAGGGCAAUACGUUAUUGCAUAUCGUUGGUGACCCCGAAAUCACGACACGGAUCUUGCAAGAGAGUGACUGUGAUCCAAACGCGACAAACGACAAGAGGUUUACUCCCUUAAUGAUGGCCAGCAAAUAUGGACGAGUGGAUCAAGUCCGGAUUUUGUUCAUGGAUCCUCGGGUUGACGUUCACGUCAAGGAGGCUCGUGGGUUGACGGCUGUGGAACUCGCUAAGGAUGAUGAAGUUCGAAACCGAAUUGAUGAUUUGAUUCUACUGUCACAUCCACCAUCUUCCUGUGCUGACCCGUCCGGCCGUGUCACUACAGUAGUCAGAUCAUAUUUCGUCGAGGAUGCAACGGUUCGCUUUAUCCUCAAGUCUGGUGCACCAUAUCCGCCAUCGGAAUCAAUAGCGUCUUCACGACCGGGUUCAACAACCUACACUGUCACGACGUGCCGACGCAGCUUCACUGACUUUGAGAACUUGGCCAAGUGGCUUGCAGUGGAACAUCCGGCGUCCUAUGUACCGUCUCUUUCUGACUUUCGGAACCCUUUCCAAGUACACUCCAAGCCUUCACGGUCCGUUCUCCACGACCUCCAAGAGAAGCUCGACCGCUUCCUCAAGACUCUACUGGCUCAUCCAACCUUCUCCACCCACGAGAUGCUCUGGGAGUUCUUCCUCGUACCAGAGCUGCAACCCGAAAUGAUGGCCGACCGGUCCCGCAGCAAAGCAGCAGCUCUGACAGAAACAAUUGCCGAUGAAAUCUCACCCGUGAGCAUCGAGGGCAUGCGCGAUACCGAGCAAUUCGUCUCACAUGCCCAGGAAAUGGUGCGCGGUGUACACGCGAACACGCGCAGCGUAAUCCGCCGCGGACACGCACUGCAAAACAGCGCCUCCGACCUAGCAGACGCAGUCUCCCUCUGCUCAGCCGUGCUCUCCACAUUCCAAGAACCAACCAACGCCCUCCCACCCAUCUACAUAGACGCCUUCACUCGUUACGGUACCUACCUCUCAACCUCCAGCUCCGACUCAUCCCCACUGCUCCAAUACAUCGCCGCGCUAACUUCAAUCGACAAUACUACCGCCGCUAUCCUCACAUCCCUCUCGCGCCCAGGGUACCUCAUCUCCGACCUCCAAUCAACAAACCGCGCAAUCGCCCGGAACCGCUCCUCCCUCCUUUCCUCAUCCUUGCCCCGCAAGUUCAACCUUAACCUCCCUGGCUUCGAAGAAUCGCGCCAGAAAUCUGUCCGCGACUUCCAGCACAAAAUUCAGGACGGCGAAGCCCAAGCCUCCCGUCUCGCUAGGGAAGUCACCUGGAACAAAGACGUCGUUGUCGGCGAAUUGGCUGGGUGGACUACCUGGCGCGAAAAGGUCGGACGGGAUGCCAUUCGUGCCUUCGUGAAGGAUACCCUCGUAAGGGAGAAAGAGCGCGGCAAACGCCUGGAGCGAUGCCUGCGCAGUGUGCGAGAGGCGAAGCCGUGA